AUGGCCGCUUCAGCAAUGCUCGACGAGCGCGAGCUCGCAAUCAACCCCAUCGUCGGAACAAGCGUCCAGCACAACACACAGGUGGUAUCCAACAUCCGCAACCUUACCGCCUCACUUUUCGGCGUCGCUGCCGGCACACUAGGCCUCGAGUCAUACCCAGGCUUCAUCUUCUACCUCGUGGGGUCGCUGUUCGUUUCUGUACUACUGUUUCUGUUGAAGACAGAUGGGAAGCCAGGGAUGUACUUCUAUCGGCCGUUGGGGGAGCUGUGGAUCGGGGAUGUGUUUGGGGGGGCAAGUGGAUUCGUGCUUACGUGGACGUUAUUUUAUGGGCUGGUCAGGGCAUGA